AUGUCAUCUAUACAAACUCUCGAGGAACGACCAGAACAAACUGCCGAUUCCAUCACCACAAACACCCCUAACGAAACAACAAUGCCACAGGAUCCAAUUAUCGCGGUUUUCCAAACGCCAGAACUCGUCACACGUAUCUUAUCUUUUCUCCCCUUGAGAAAACAGUACGAGUUGAGAGGCGUAUCCAAACAUUUCUAUCGAGCGUUGAACUUUGCAGAAUUCAUUGGUUCGCUCCUUCGCCGUGGUGUUGACUCAAAUUGUCAUUAUGUGUUGACCGAAUCUAAUUAUUAUAAUGGUAAAUACGAGGAUGAAGUACGUGUACGAGGGAUCUUUAGUAAUCAACGUACCGCACGUAACACUCUUAUUCGUCUACACAAGAAAUGCUUGGAAGAUGGCCAUGGAAGAAAUGGAGAGUAUGAGACGAUGAAUAAACGUAUUGUCGAGUUUGAUGUGUAUGAUGGUUUUACAAGUGUCUUUGAAAUUGCGAGAAUAAAUUAUAUUACUAGCGUUGAAACUCAUAUUGAACCCGAAUACAGCGGAAGAGUGAGCGAAUAUGUUGAUACCGAUGAGUUUGAGUUUGAAGAUGAUUUUGAUCAUGUCGGAAUUCAACUUUCAGCUUGGGGAAUUUAA